AUGUCUGACAACCCACCACCAGAAUGGGUGCCCUCACCUUCUCUAUCACCCUCCAACGCCUCACCUAUGCCUCUCGCCGACAAUGAAGGGACAGGCAGCGGCGCUGCAUCUCCCAACUUACCACUUACCAUGUCCGCCUCAGUGGUGCUGGCUGAUCUGCCACGGGAUGCGAGCGCCGCACUUGCAACUGCUGGAGCUUUCAAAGCGGACAAGGUUGUGGUGCGGUUUAAAGCCGUGGGGUCUGCUCCGUCGUUGGCUCAAGAUGUGUGCAAGAUUAGCGCAACGAGGCGCUUUGAAGAGGUCGUGAGAUAUCUCAGAAAGAAGUUAAGGUGUAAGGAGACAGACAGUGUCUUCUUGUACGUCAACAGUGCCUUUGCGCCGUCUUUGGACGAGGUCGUAGGCAACCUACAUCAGUGCUUUAAAAACGCCCACGGUCAACUUGUAGUGGCCUACUCACUGACGCCUGCUUUUGGAUGA